ACAAAGCUACAGACCCAGAUAAUCAGGAGGACAGAUGGGACUGCAUUCAGGGCUUUUAUCAGCUGGUCAACCAGGAAACAGAUGGACCACAGGUGGCCCUUCGUCUGCUUGCACAUAAAAUCCAGUCUCCACAGGAGAAAGAAGCUCUGCAGGCUCUCACUGUUCUUGAGGCGUGCAUGAACAACUGUGGAAAGAGGUUCCACAGCGAAGCCGCCAAGUUUCGCUUUCUGAAUGAGCUGAUUAAAAUCUUAACUCCAAAG